CAAACAUCAAACAUAUCUGAGGUAAACACUUCCACCUGAGAGAAGUUUCAGGAACUGAGCAAGCAGCUGUGUGGAAAUCUCUCUCUACACUUUCACGUCUCGAACCUUCACGACUUCAGCAGGCAGAAUGAAGCUCCACACGCUCGCGGUGCUGUGGUCAGUGUGUUGGUGCAUGUUUGCUGUUCAGAGGGUCGAGUCUAAGGAGCUUCUUCCAGCUCCGACUCUUUCUUUUAAUCCCCGUGUGAACCAGAGCGCCAUCCUGUUGUACUCUGACAUCAGUCUUCAAUGCACAAUUCCAAACAAUGUGAGGAUGCCUGUAGAGAUUCACCUCACUCACGCUGAGAACGCAAACUAUUCAUCUUCCAUCCAGUCCAGGACCACUUGGAGCCUCCGUGUGGUGGAUUUCGAGUUCCAGAUGAAGCCUGACAAUGAGACGGCUUUCAUCUGCUGGUACAGACACAUCCGGUCCGAAGGGUGGUCUAAUUUCAGCGCGAGCCUCAAUGUCAUCAUCGCGGGUCUGUCCGACCCUUUAAUGUUUCUUAUUCCUCCUGCAUUUCCUGUGGGGGUGAAGUACAUCGCGCAGUGUGAGACGCCAACGAAAGGAUACGAAAACACCACACUGAAGUUGUACGACCGUCUCCUUCCCAUCCGCCCCGGCAAGGAGGCCUUCGAGUACAUCGGAUUACGAGUUCUCCUUCCUGGAGACUGGGGAGCCUCAGUCUAUCGAACAAAUGCCGGAGAAACAUACGAGUUUAUCUGUGAAAUGGAAGUGUUCGUCAACGGGAGAGCCUUGCGAUCCAGAUCCAAAAUCCUUACAGCCAUGCCAGAGGAGCUCCCAGUUCGUCUGAUUCCCCAAAAUUCAGAUUCGGGGAGCUGUUACGGAUAUGCCUUCCUCAGAGUGAGAGAUGACUGGAGACCCUUGUGUUUUAGUUCCACACUCCAAAACACUGCAGAAGUGGCGAAGGUCAUCUGCAGAGAGCUAGGCUGUGGAUCUGUGCUGGACCACAAGAUGCUUAGCACUAAAUCUCCAGACACGAUAGGAACACCCAACUGCACAGGAAACGAGAAGAAGAUUGCAGAGUGUCCCCUAGUUUCAUAUGACUGUAACCAAGGAACACUCAGCGUCAUCUGCUCAGCGAGUCUAAGUCCUCCGAAGCUGUCUCUGUCCGAACGCGGUGCUGAUUCGCUGGCCUACAUCAGGACCGAAGAGUCUGUGACCUUCAGAUGCAUUUUUGAGUCACCUGUAGAUCAUUCAGCUUACAUUGUCUUCACACACAAUGGAGUCGAGAGCUACACCAUUAGCGCCCGAUCCGGAUACGCAGAGAGGUGGUCGUUAUCUGAGACGGUGCCCGAGGGAGAGUACGCCUGCUUCGUACGUAUGCAAGGAUCCACUGUGUACAGGACAGAAAGAAGUAACGUGAUAAGCAUCUACAUUUAUGAUCCUCCUCCUGCUGGAGCAGUUGCCGGUGGUGUCAUCACCACAUUCUUUGGUGUGUUGAUCCUCAUUCUGCUCUGUGUUUAUGGACGCAGUUCAUAGGACGUCCAGGUCACCGAGCCGCAAUACCACAUGUCCACCACACGGGGCACUGGAGAGCUGAAACCCUGCAUUAUAGAAAUGAAAUGAAGUGAAAUGAAAAAAUGAAAUGAAACAGCCUUUAUUUGUCACAUAUACAUUACAGCACAGUGAAAUUCCUUCUUCACAUAUCCCAUCCUUGGAGGUUGGGGUCAGAGCACAGGGUCAGCCAUGAUACGGCACCCCUGGAGCAGAGAGGGUUAAGGGCCUUGCUCAAGGGCCCAACAGAGGCAACUUGGCAGUGCUGGGGCUUGAACCCCUGAUCUUCCGGUCAACGACCCAGAGCCUUAACCACUUGAGCCACCACUGCCCAAUCACAAUGAACCACAAUGAUCAAUACAACAUUUAUAAAUCUGUACAUAAAACUUCAGAACUUUUCAUAUUUAGAUUUUUUUUCAUAUUUAGAAAUUUUCUGAACAACAACCACUGCAUCUGUUUCAGAUAAAUCAUUAAACCCACACUGACUACAAACUGUAGGUAUGGUCAAAUAUGUUCUUAAAAUGAACUAUUACAGAUUACAUUCCAGAAUUUUAUCAACUUAUUCAAUAGGAAGUUGCAUGAAAAGUCAUUUAAUUUUAUUUUGACUAUUUAUCUGUUGCACAAACUAUCAUCACAUUGUAAGUCAUCAUUUUAAAUAAUUGCAUCAACUAUUAUUAUUAUUAUUAUUAUUAUUAUUAUUAUUAUUAUUACAUUUCAAAUGUAUAAUGCUCUGGAUGCUAGAUGCUAGUCACACUGUUACUUGUUUAUAAGUAAAAUCUUUUAAGCACAAGCUGCUUUUGCCUGAAAUUUUAAUAUUUAAUAUUUUCUGAAUUUUUAAUUAAAUUUAGCAGCUGAACCUGUUUAAUAAACUCAAAAUGCUGUGUAAAAGAAUAUUAAACUCUCAUGGUUUUCCUACGUCAGUCCAUGAAAAGCUAGCUGACAUAUUUUAAAGUUUAGAGUUGUUUUUAUUCUAAUGAAAUCAUUUUCCUGAUUGAAGAUAUCGUAAGAGUUUUAUUUUAUUGUAAGAAUAUGUUUGUGGAUUAUUUCUAAUGUGGGAAAUGAUGAAUGCAAGAACGUUGUGGCUGUUUGAUUCUAUUUUAGUUGCUUGAAAGCAUUUGUUUAGUAAAAAUGUUUUUUAAGAUUUAUUUUUUAGCUAUAAGGUUUUAUUUGUAACUUGUUUUGUUUGUAUUUCCUUCCAAAAAACAGUACAUUUUGGCUUGUAAUUUUGUAUUUAAGAUGCCAGCAUGUAAGCAAUGAGAGACACACACAGUAAUUAUAGAUCUCAGAUUUAUUGCUUUCAGGUUUUGAUGGUGUCACAACAUUAUCUUACAAACAAUAAACCUGGUCUUAUCGUCUGCUUUUGUUUGCUUUUUUUUGUCUGAGAAAAAAAAGAAGAUGAAAACAGAUGUGGGACAGCCUGAGAGCGAGGGAUUGCAAUCCUCGAUUGAACUCUAGAAGCAAAGAGGUGGACAAAAGAUUGUUUGGUUGGUCAGUAUGGUAAGCUAGCAAACAGCUGCCGAAUUAGCAAGAGAAAAGGCAGACUGUGUGGAGAGGAUCAUCAUUGGGAACCCACAGGAGAUGUGGUUUACAUCGAAACAGCUCUGCUCACAGUGGAACGGUGUGCAUCUACUGUACAGAAUAGCGGCAUCGACUCUGUUCAGCACCGGAGACAGGUUAGCGUCGGCUGAAAACAUUGAUCGCGAUGGGAAACGUCUAGAAAAUCGCUCACUUACUGUCGCAACCCUGUCCUAACUUUGUAUUCAGUGGCUUCAGUUUUAAGAAACAGCUCUGGUGGUUUUAAUGGUUAUACCUAUCGAGUCUUCCUUUACCCCAGAACAUAUCAGUGCAGAAAAUAAAGAACUUUCAGCAGGGUUAAAGAGAAUCAAGCAUUUCCCUUUACAUUCUUCCUGAUUUCUUUUGGGACCAUAUUUCAGAGGGUCACUGAUUAACAUCUACCCCUGAAGAUAUCUUUUCUAUCAAGUGAGAAAAAAAAAAAAACAUUAACAGGUUUCAGAAAUUGGUUGGAUGGUUGAGGUUGGGCUAAUGGCUAACAUUUUAGCACCAUUGAUGUGUUGUUGGUGAAAGGUGCAG